AUGAUACUCUUUAUUUUAAUUAACUUCUCAUUAUGUUCGAUUGCAAUUUCCGCAGAAGGUAAAGAGACAUCUUCUGAAAAGAUAAAACUCGAUCCUAAACGACCACAACAACGGCAAUCACUUGGCACAAAUCUUAUCGAUCCAUACUAUGCAUUUAACCCUGAUUACAUGGGUGGAAAUAUGCCCAGUAUCGAUAUCUUUCCAAAUCCGACGAACGUGAAUCGACCAGGGUCAUGUACAUGUUCCUGUGGUGAUAUAUCCUUUGGGCCGCCUGUAGCCUGCGUAGGCCCACAAACAUGUGUUGCUUAUUGCUUACAAAUGUAUCCUGGACAAUGCACGUUGGUGAAUACAUACGGAUGUUGCGGUUCAUCAUGUCAGUAUUUUCAAAGUCAAUCGCUCGAGAAUCGCUAUUGUUCAUGUAAUUGUGGCGGCCAACAGUAUUUCAAUCCAGUAGAUACAUGUACAUCAUCUCAGGCAUGUUUAACACGAUGUUUAUCGAGUUUUCCUCAAUUUUGUAUUCCUGCUAUAACACAAGCAUGUUGUGGACAAGAUUGUAAAUCUUAUUCACAAACAGUUUCAAAUGCUUGUGCGUGCCGUUGUCAAGGAAAUACUUAUUAUCCAUCGCCAUCUUGUAUGAAUGCUGAAGGAUGUGUUAGCACCUGCAUGACGACGUAUGGCCAAUGUACGGCCGGUGAAACUCAAGGAUGUUGUGGUGCGUCAUGUUCCACAUAUGUUCCAACAUGUUCAUGCAGCUGUGGUCCUGAAUUUUCGACAACAACAUCUGUACCUUGUCAAGGCAGUCGAUCAUGUGUUGAAACCUGCUUAAAUUCGUACAGUGCUUGUACACAAGAUAAUACUCAAGCAUGCUGUGGAAAUGAUUGCAUCAAUGCAUUUCCGUCAUGCACAUGUAUGUGCGGUUCGAAUCAGUUUACCACAUUAGCUAUGUCAUGUGGUUCGGCUCAACAAUGUGUUCAAGCAUGUUUACGAUCUGUUGCUCAGUGUAAUGUAGCCAAUACGCGUGGCUGCUGUGGAGGUGAUUGCUCAGGUUUUAUUCCAACAUGUCGAUGCCAAUGCGGUGGAAGUAUUUUCUAUUCAGCAUCAAACUGUGCUAAUGCUGAACAGUGUACAAACACAUGCAUCAGUCACGAUUCGCAAUUCAAUAAAUCAAGAACGUCAAUGAAAACAAUGUACACAAAGCUCGCACAUCGAACUGAGCCUGUAUCGUGUUCUACUCAUUCAGUUGGUUCAGUGAAGAAUCACAAUGCGAAUAGAGAUAUAUCAGUCAAUGUUGUUGAACUUACUCCGACUUCAGACGUGAACACAUUCCCAUCGAGAUUCUUUUAUCCAACGUUCACGAUAACCAUUGUUAUUCUUGACUUAUUUAUGCUUCUGUUUGUCUAUAUUGUUCAACAAGGAACGACAAUAACAUCUGAAACAUGGAUUAAAAUGGGUGCGAAAUAUGUUCCAUGUAUGAGACCGAUUUAUUCGAUUAUGGAAGAAGAAACUUAUCAAGCUCAAUUGAAAAAACAAUGUCAAUCCUUUCUUUUUCCUUACCAGCUCUUUCGUUUCAUCACCCCAAUGUUCUUACAUGGAGGCAUCACCCAUCUGAUCAGUAAUCUUGUCUACCAAGCCUUAGCUGAAUUUCUCCUAGAAGGCAGAUAUUCGAUUAAAAAAUUAAGCUUCUGCUAUCUUCUAUUUGGUUUUAGUGGAAAUAUGAUGAGUGCCAUAUGCAAUCCAAAGACAAUAUCGUUUGGUGCAUCCGGUGCCGUUUAUGGUCUUGUCAUUUUCUGUAUAAUUGAUCAUAUCUUUCGAAUCUUUACUAUCGAUGAUAGUCAUGAGAAGAAGCGACAAUUUCUAAUGACGCUUCUGGUUAUUCCGUACUUUAUCAUGAGUAUCUUUUUUGAUGUUGAUUGUUCGGAUCGUACCGAUCAUGCAGCACACAUUGGUGGUUCGAUAGUUGGAGCUCUAUUGGCGAUAAGUUUGUGUAAAACACCCGAAUUCAUUGCGAAUCAAAAUCGCAUAAGUUGGUCAAACGUUGAACAAUCGACCGCUAUCGUGAAUACGAAGACAUUUAUUUUGUUGAUUACAAGUGAUAUAAUGGCGAAAGCCUUGUUCGUCGCUUAUUUAGUGACUUUAUCGAUCAGUUCGAUAGCUGGUUAUUCAACAGAUUGCGCUAUCGGACCGGAAUAUUGGUGUCAAUCGUUCAAAAAUGCAGACGAUUGUGUGGCAAUACAACAUUGUACGGAUACAGUUUGGCGUUCGAAUAAUGAGCUAGCGCUAGCUGACUCGUCAUCAGAUUGUAAAUGGUGCCGACGAAUUCUUGCAACUGCUCACAGUAGAAUCGGAAACUUAGUGGAAGAUGAAGACUCAAUCAUGUCUUCAUUAGCUAGUGGAUGUCAAUUAUUUUCAUCAACCGAGACAGCGAAUAAAUGUACGAACAUGUUCAAUCAGUAUAAGUCAUCUUUCAGUUCCUUAAUCAAGCAUAAGCGAUACGCAACAUUAUGUCGCUUGAUGAGUGUUUGUACAAAUAAGUUGACCACUGAAAAAUCGCCGGUAGUUCUCGGACAACAUCAAUGUACAUGGGGUCCAUCGUAUUGGUGUUCGUCGUUAAGCAAUUCACGCGAAUGUAAUUCUGUUAAUCAUUGUUCAAAUCAGAUCUGGUCACAGCAAGCAAUUCAGAAGAAAGCAAAUGACUAUAUCUGCCAAUAUUGUGAAUACAUCAUUGGAAAAUUGCGUACAUUUAUUCUCAAUAAGACAACUGAGAUCAACGUGGAAAAAUGGCUAUCUGAUGCUUGUUCAACUCUCCAGAACAAAGAGUGGAUAAAUAAAUGUGUGGGAACAAUGAGCCAAUAUGCGAAGGAAAUUGUUGUGUUAAUCGAAAAUAAUGUUGAUCCGGGUAUAAUCUGUCAUUUGGGUGAAAUGUGCAAAGAUGCUACGAUUGUCGUACGCAAUCAAAUUGCCGAGCCUCAAUCGGAAGAAAAAGACAUUUCAUCAGUUGACGAACAAAGUCACAUGUUAUGCAAUAUUCUUGUUCGCGCGACAUACGAACUUCAUGUCAAUCAAAAGAAAGGUACAGAGGAAAUAAAAGUAUUUCUGAAAACUGAUUGCCAACAUCUCUUGACAAUGGAACUUAUUGAAAAGUGUCAAAAUUUGGUUGAUCAACAUGGAAAGGAUAUCUACGAUCAAGUUGCCAAGAACAAAGAUUUAUCAGAUAUCUGUCAUUAUUCUCCUUCUUCAGUCGACUCCACUGCCGUUCAAUCUGUCUCUCAAACACGUUGUGAUCUCUGUACAUUUGUCUUAACAGCAGCAGGAAGCAUGAUGGAUGCUAAGCGUUCCGAUGACGAAGUUCUUGCGUAUAUCAACAAGCAUUUCUGCUCACAGAUGACCAAUGAAGCUAAGGAACAAUGCGAAUUAACGGUUGAAUCAUACGAAGAAGAAUUAAUCGAAGGUAUUCAACAGAGAAAACAACCAAUUCUUCUUUGCACUUAUUUCGAAACAUGUCUUGAUAAAUUCGGUGAAGAAAAAAGUCCAGUUCAAAAGGAUGAAAUGCGUUCGUUUCUCCGAGAUAGUCUCUGCAAUCAUCUCGGACCUUUUGAAGAAUCUUGCCAUGCAUUAAUGGAGCAAGAUACGAAUCGCUUGCUAAAAACACUCGUGAAUGAUGUGGAUGGCGAUGUUCUGUGUCAAAUUUUUGGAAUGUGUCCAACACAAAUGUCAUUUCUUGAUAACCUGGCAGCCAAAGAUGAUACGGAUAAAUGCAAACGUUGUACUGAUGAUUUUACUCGAAGAAAACAUAUUGCCGAAAAGCUUCUGAACCAUUCAACGGAAUUUCUUCAUCACUUUUGCAGCCAGUUACCGCAAAAAGAUGAAUGUACGAAAGCAGUGGAUGAAUCUAUCAAUAAAGUCGUUGAAUUCAUUCGAGGAUUAGAUCCACGUGAAAUAUGUGUGGAAUUAAAAGAAUGCGACCAAGCAUCGCUAAAAACAAUCCAACAAUUGCAAAUAUCAACAUCGGACAAUAUACUAAGCCAGCAAGUGAUCAAAUAUAUCAAAACUGAUGUUUGUCGCAAACUUGGAUCAUUAUCAGCCUUGUGUGACAGCCUUCUGGACUCGGAAGGCGCAAAUUUGUUUGCUGCGAUUUCGAAAAAGGUUUGUCCGCAUAAAGUAUGCUCCAUAUUCGAUGUCUGUCCAAAAACUACUGCAUUCGAUAAUUGUAAUGAUAAAUCAUCGUUUUUGAAUACUAUGGUUGCGACUACAAAUGCUUUGUGUAAACGUAUGACCCAUUCUACUGACUGUCUUCGAGUUGCAAGUUAUUUUGAAUCGGACGUCAAAGCGUUGACCACUCGUUAUGACGCCAAACAAAUUUGUCAAUCGUUAACUCAUUGUGCUACAGACACUUCGAAAGAAUGUGAUACUAGUAGCGAUAAAUGUACAUGUUGUCAAAAUCAAUUCAACAAUCGCCAAGAGAACUUUCAAACCGUAGUUGAUAAAAUCAUGGAAAAUCAUCGUAGUCUAUGCACGGAUGAUAACUGUCGUACACUUGUUCGAUCAAAUCAACAAGAGAUACUGUAUCAUAUAGCAGCAAUCAAUACUUUAACAUAUUGUCAGCGUUCUGGCGUGUGUAGAUCAUCAUCAGGACAACGAUCAAUCCCAUUUAUUACUGAUCUAUUGGCAAACAUGGAAUCAACUGUUCCAGCAAUAAACAAUCCUUGCACUAGUUUUGGAAGUUCAAAAACCAUGUGUGAACAUUUAUUGGUGUCGAAACAAAGCGCUCGAUAUAUGAAAGUUUAUAUAGCUUUGCUAACCGGUGAUGCCAAUCAUAUUGGUGAAGAUUUUAAAAAUCAGCAAACAAGUACAUGCGACGCAUGUAAAAAUGCUGUUCAAUCCUCGAAAGACUUUUGGACUAAUGCAUUAGGAUCGUUGCGUGAUACUCUGUUACAAGCAUGUGAUCGCUGCCCAUCGAAAGAUCAAUGCCAAAAAUAUAUCAAUCAGCGAUAUGACAUACUUAAAUCUUAUGUCGACAAGAUUGAUCCUGAACAAUUUUGUCAAUCGAUUCGUCUUUGUUCAGCGGUAACAGCAACAAACGUGUGUUCAACAUGUAUCAAUCGUUUACAACUGCGCAAAGAUGCUGCUUCACAAGCAGUUGAUCGAUUAGCAGGAUAUUUCAAUGAUCAAUGUCAACGCUUUGCGCAGAAACAAUGUCAAAUAUAUGUUAAAGAAGUUCAUGACUCUAUUCAGAAGUCAAUCGAGGAGUUUGAUCCAAAAGCAACAUGUACUGUAAUUGGUUUUUGUGAAUCGAUGGGUAAUGAGCUUGAAAUGAACUUCGUUGAGCGUGAGCUAUCUUUACAAGCCGAUAUUGAACAAAAUAUUUGUUCGAAACUUGGUCCAUUCGAAACAUUGUGCAAGAGUGUUAUUCAAGGUGAUUCGAAACAAAUUCAAGCAUUGAAAUUAGAUUAUGAUAUUAAAGAAGUAAUGCGCAUUGGUGAUGAUCUUCAUGAUCUACUCGAAACAGACGAUUUUGAUGAAUCGAGUGACGAUAAAUGUCAAUGCUGCAUUCGUCGAAUUAUGCGCCGAAAACGUGCUGUUCGAUUUAUUGGCGAUGCAGUGUUUUUCUCUUUGAUUCGUUCAUGCCACCGUUGUCCUGCUAAACAUCUAUGUCGACGAUAUUGGCUUGUUGCCAAGGCUCGAUUCGACUGUCGUAUCAGUCGAAUUGAUCCCAAACGUGUCUGCACACAUUUUGGCCUCUGCAAUACUACAUCUGUUUAUGGUCAUAAAGGAGAAAAUGCACCAGAGAAAUGCGAUGACACUGCCCCAGUAGAAACUCCACAAAUCGAUCUUUCCAACUCAACAUGCAUUCUUUGUGAAUAUGCAAUGAAUAUUCUUUCGAAUUAUAUCAAUCGUCAAUCAACUGAAGAAGAAAUUGAACAAAGUUUACAAAAAAUUUGUAGUCAAAUGCCGUCCACACUGCAAAAUCCAUGCCUCGAAUAUAUCGAUAACUAUGGACCAUCAAUAAUUGCGACACUUAUGCGUAGAUUCGAUCUUUCAACUCUUUGUCGUCGACUUAAUCUAUGUACAAGUCAAAUGCAAUUCGAUCUUACAGAUAUUACCAAAGCUGACACAACAACCUGUGGUGUGUGUAAUUAUCUCUCAACAUAUCUUCAUUCAGCUUUAAAACGUGACUCAAAUGAACAAGCACUUCAACAAGCUUUAGGAAGUGUUUGUUCGUAUGUAUCCGAUGAACUUAAGACAAGAUGUCAAACAAUUCUACAAUUAUAUUCUCCAUACAUUCACCGAUUAGAAUUAAGUCCCAAAAAUAGCUUCUGUAAACAAUUAACAAUCUGUGAAAUGCCUAUGCUGGAUUUAGAGCCGGCCAUUCGAGUGAACGAAGCUAAUGAAAUUAGCACAUCAGCAAAAACACCUACAACUAAGGAACAUCCUCAUUUAAAUCCUCAAUGCUCAUUGUGUCAAUAUAUUAUCUCAUAUUUGGAUGCAAUCAUGAAGAAUAAUAAGUCCGAACAAGCUUUCGAAGAUGCACUAAAAAAAGUUUGUAAAAUUUUACCAAGUAAAGAAGCUAGCCAGUGUGAAGAGUUUGUUAAAACUUAUGGCCCAACUCUCGCACAGUUGAUUGCGGAGAUGGCUGAUCCAAAAGUAGUUUGUCAGUAUCUUAAUAUGUGUCCAGAAUCGUCGGUGCGGGAGAGUCCAACGUUGCCCACUGAAAUCGCACAUGACUUAACACCAUAUACAUGUACCAUCUGUCAAUUUAUUGUUAGUCGCAUAAAGCGUUUUAUUGCAACUGAUCAAGACACCAACCAAGCUAUCACGGCAACGAAAGAAUCCUGUGAUCUAUUCAAUGCUGAGAACUUAAAAACACAAUGUAAAGCUUUUGUUGACCAGCAUGGUUCCUACUUCCUUCAUAUCGUAUCGAAUGAUAUUUUACCAAGAUCAGCAUGUCUAUCUAUGAAAGUUUGUCCGAUAACUUAUCCAAUUACAUCAACAUCAGUGGCACCAAUUUCUACUUCGACUACACAAAAUAAAUGUGCUUUCAGCCAGAAAAUGUGGUGCCUCACGCGUGCAAUUGCCAAAUCAUGCGAUGCUGAAGAAUAUUGUGAACGUGAAGUCUGGACAAAAGGACAAUUAUUUAUUGAAAACUAA